GACGAUGGAGAAAGCCCCUGGGGCCUGGGGCGUCGCCAUGGCCGUCGGCGUCGUUGUCCUCUCCUUCAUCGCGUGGUUCGCGAGAUGGAUCCAAGACCGACGGUUCGUACGACGAAUCGAGCGCGAUCCUGGCAGCGCCCGGCUUCCUCCGGGCUCCAUGGGUUGGCCGCUGAUUGGCGAAAUGUUCGACUUCUUGCGGUGCUUCAAGUUCUCGGGGAGGCCGGAUGAUUUCAUCGCCAGGAGGAAAGAAAGGUAUGGAGAAACUGGCAUUUAUAGGUCCCACUUAUUUGGCCAUCCGGUGAUAGUCACAUGCUCUCCGGACUUGAACAAGCAAGUUCUUGGUAGCUGGACUGAGGAGGGGACUUUUAGUACAGGUUGGCCUUCAAGCCAGCUGCUAGGAAAUGCAGUCGCAAACAUUGAUGGAGUUGUCCACAAGAGGAUGAGGAAGCUUAUGAUGCAGGCUUUCAAUAGCCCGAGAGCACUUGAUUCCCAUCUGAGUACUGCACAACCUAUCUUCAUCUCGACUUUAGAAGAUUGGAUAUCGAAAAAAAAAAUAGUUGCUUAUGGUGAAAUCAAAACUAUGACAUUUCGCAACAUCAGUGAUAUCCUGGUUAGUUUCAAGUCACCAGAACUUCUGGAUACAAUGGAACUUCUGUAUAGAGGACUUAUGGCAGGACUUCGGUCAAUGAUAAUCAACAUUCCGGGAACAGCAUUCCACCAUGCUCUUAAGUGCAAGAAGAAACUGUCCGGCAUCUUGUCAGACGAAGUGAGGAAGAGGAAAGAACUGGGAGUUCAGAAACAUGAUUUCAUGCAAAUCUUGAUUGAUUCUGUUGAUGACAAUGGGAAUAAACUGAGUGAAGUAGAGAUUGUGGACAAUAUUCUCUCACUUAUUUUGGGAGGUCAUGAAUCCACCUCUAAUGUGAUGACAUGGGGGCUUUACUAUCUGGCUAAGUAUCCUGAAAUACUUGAGAAGCUUAAGGAAGAAACUUUGUCAAUCAAGACAGGAAAGGCCAUAGAUGAUCUUCUGACGACUGAAGAUAUCAAAAGUAUGAAGUAUACCUCAAAGGUGGCAGAAGAACUAAUUCGCCUGACAAAUGUUCCGCCCUUCAUAUUCAGAAGAGUUGUGAAAGAUGCAGUUUUAAAUGGUUAUAAGUUCCCUAAGAACUGGAAGGUGCUUGUGUGGAUUCGUUCCAUUCACAUUGACUCUAAAUACUAUGACGAUCCAUUGGCAUUCAAUCCAGACAGAUGGGAUAAUUUUAUUCCCAAGCCAGGUGUUUAUUCCGUUUUUGGUGGAGGUCCGAGAUAUUGUCCAGGCAGCAACUUUGCAAGGCUUCAAAUAAUGAUGUUUCUGCAUCAUGUGUGCCUCAAGUAUAGGUGGGAACUUCUAAAUCCAGAAUCUGGUACAGCAUUUGAUCCACAUCCAAGACCAAGGGAUGGAGCUGAGAUGUUCUUCAGUCGUGCAUCUUGAGAAGAGAUACCGAUGCUCUUAAAAUUUAUUCAGCUAAUGAUAUCAAGCUGAACUUUUUCUCUUUGAGCGUUUCUGUGCUACCUGUACUUGUCGUACUAAAAGAGUGAACCUUUAUAACAUAUUAUUGGUAAAUACAUGGAUUUGGAUGUACUAAAUGGGGGAAUCUUUGCAAAAUAUUAUUGUUAAACCCACAAAUCUAGAUGUAUGCAGUCCAAUAGGAGAAAGAGAAACGUCUUGCAAAACUUC